UCCAAAUCACAGGCAGCAUCCUAUCGGGUGUCUCCACGAGCUCAAGGUCCUCCUUCUCUCCUCCAGUCUUGGUUGCCAUGGCGAUGACGUCAUCUUGCACCACACGCUCAGCCCAGUAACGGAGUUCAGAGGCGGGCGUUAAUCUCCGAGCGACGGAGAGGAGCAGAAAAAGCAGCUCAGCCCGUGAGCGUGCAGCAGAAGACAUCCCUCGAUUCCUGAAUCCCCGUCAUUGUCCUUCCUGCAGCACCAUGCGCGAGAUUGUGCACCUGCAAGCCGGCCAGUGCGGCAACCAGAUCGGAGCCAAGUUCUGGGAGGUUAUCAGCGAUGAGCACGGCAUUGAUCCAACCGGAACAUAUCAUGGAGACAGCGACCUGCAGCUAGACAGGAUCAGUGUUUAUUACAAUGAGGCCACAGGUGGGAAAUAUGUUCCCCGUGCCAUCUUGGUGGAUCUGGAGCCUGGCACAAUGGAUUCAGUUCGCUCUGGACCCUUUGGACAGAUAUUUAGGCCUGACAACUUUGUGUUCGGUCAGAGUGGUGCUGGAAACAACUGGGCCAAGGGUCACUACACAGAAGGAGCAGAGCUAGUGGACUCAGUACUGGAUGUUGUUCGCAAGGAAGCAGAAAGCUGCGACUGCCUGCAAGGCUUCCAGCUCACCCACUCUCUGGGUGGAGGCACUGGCUCCGGAAUGGGCACCCUCCUCAUCAGCAAGAUCCGCGAAGAGUAUCCCGACCGCAUCAUGAACACCUUCAGCGUGGUGCCCUCGCCUAAGGUAUCCGACACCGUGGUGGAGCCCUACAACGCCACACUAUCGGUCCACCAGCUGGUUGAGAACACCGACGAGACCUAUUGCAUCGACAACGAGGCUCUCUACGACAUCUGCUUCCGCACCCUUAAGCUCACCACACCAACCUACGGCGACCUCAAUCAUCUCGUCUCGGCCACCAUGAGCGGCGUCACCACCUGCCUCCGCUUCCCUGGCCAGCUCAACGCCGACCUUCGCAAACUUGCCGUCAACAUGGUGCCCUUCCCACGUCUCCACUUCUUCAUGCCCGGCUUUGCUCCACUCACUAGCCGAGGCAGCCAGCAGUACCGCUCGCUCUCCGUGCCCGAGCUCACGCAGCAGAUGUUCGACGCCAAGAACAUGAUGGCCGCCUGCGACCCCCGUCAUGGCCGUUACCUGACCGUGGCUGCCGUCUUCCGCGGACGUAUGUCCAUGAAGGAGGUGGACGAGCAGAUGCUGAACGUCCAGAACAAGAACAGCAGCUACUUUGUCGAAUGGAUCCCCAACAAUGUCAAGACCGCUGUGUGCGACAUCCCACCCCGCGGGCUAAAAAUGGCAGCCACCUUCAUCGGCAACAGCACAGCCAUCCAGGAGCUCUUCAAGCGCAUUUCCGAGCAGUUCACCGCUAUGUUCAGGCGCAAGGCUUUCCUGCAUUGGUACACCGGCGAGGGCAUGGACGAGAUGGAGUUCACCGAGGCCGAGAGCAACAUGAACGACCUGGUGUCCGAGUACCAGCAGUACCAGGACGCCACUGCCGAAGAGGGCGAGUUCGAAGAGGAGGGCGAGGAGGAGGUCGCCUAAAUCGCAAAUAUUGUUUCUUCCACUCCAUCCUCCACAUUUCAUCCUUCUCACCACAAACCAGUGCUCUCCAGAACAAUGAAUGGGUUUUCACAUUCAGUAUCCACCAAUGACAGUCAUCCCCCCUACCCCUACAAGUGACAUUGCGAGGAAUUGUGAACUUUUGGUUUGGUUUUGUGUUUCUGAAUGUUGUGAAUGCACGCCAUCAAAUCCCCCCUCACAUCCAAGUGAAACGCAAGUGAUUUUAACUGUGAAGCCUUCAGAUUCAAGAACGAUGUAACUGGUGUCAGUGUCAAUCUGAAUAAAGGCUACUUCUACAUCUAAAA